CUGGAGCCGUGGGCCGUGUGCGUCCACAACGGCUCCCUGCUGAUCAUCGACGGCAGGGAGCCGUGCUGCGUGCUGCAGUGGCCGCUGGGCGCCGCCGGGGGCCGCGUGAUCGUGGGCGAGGGCUCCACGCUGAACGGUGUCAACGACUUUUCCGACAUCAUCGACAUAGCCAUAGACGCCGCCGGCGACCUGUACGUCCUAGACGGAGGCCGCGACGGGCAUCACAGCCGGAUUGUCCGCAUCCACGACGGCGUCGGCGAGGUGGUCGGAGACGGGCGGCUGGCGCUGGACGGCACCAGGGCGCUCUACGUGGGCGCG